AUGCGAUUCUUGUGGGUAUUGCUUCUACUGACGAUAACAGAUGGAGAACGAAUCGUAGAAUCUGAUAACACGUAUGUAAUAAGCUACACCUUUUUUUUUAAAAAAUAUGAUUAAUUCUAUUGCAAGGGUGCAUAGGAGGGAUUUAUAUUGAUGGGACUUUUCAUUUGGCGAAGCUAAGUUACCUUUUGGAUACUAUAAAAGACCACGUCAAUGAGUAAAUAAAUUCAAGAAUUUAAUUGGCUUGAACGCAAGGAUAUAUGACCCAUUAUACCACGUUUAGGUAGAACUAUAAAAAAGUGAUACUUUUUCAAUUGGUAUUUGUUCAUACAGAAUAUUCUCCUGUCUCCUUGAUUGUCCACCGAGCUUCAAAACUAUCAACAAGAAUGAAUGUAAGUUCUAUUUGAGAAACAACGGUAAACAAGACUAUUCAGUACUGAAAUGGCGCACACCGCUGGAUGGACUGAGAUCGAAUUGCUUGGCGGUCGAUACCAAUGGCAAGAAGCUACGAUACGAUGGUAUUUACACGAAGCGCUCCGCUCCAGGCCCUGACCAAUACUUGCUCGUCAAACCUGGACAAACAGUGUCGUCCACCUUUGACGUUUCAGAUGCGUACGACAUGACCAAAGCCGGCCUGUACUCUAUGGCAGUGGACACUUAUUUAGAAUAUGUUAUGGGUAGUGUAAUUAAAAAGCCAGUUAUCCAAUCUAACAUAGUUCAUUUGAAAUCUUCUUCUGUAAGUUACGAGAUAGUUGAUGGAAGUUUCAUGAAGCGAACCCUGGGCCAAAGAGCGCGUUCUCUUGAAAGAUCAAAUGAAAUUCACGAGGAAAGUCUUACCCGGGAGGGUUUGGUCGUCGAAUUUGAUAGGAGAGGAGAAGAAUCUAACGAAAUUAAAUAUUCCAUACAGGGAGGAUCUAAAGCCUUGAGAGACGAAACAGAAGUGGCAAUUUUGGCUGCUAACACUAAAAUAAAGUCAGCGAUUCAAGAUAUCGAGAAUAAUCCCAAAAGAGCUAAAAUUUGGUUUGGGAAAACCGCUAUUGAUGCAAAAAAACGUAUUCGUAGAUAUGAAAAGGAAAUUGGCGGAAAGAAAUGA